AAGUUGGCAGAGCUCUUUUUGUAAAUAACAGCCCCGCUUGUUUUAUUUCGCUCGCUCUUUUUGACGUUUGUGCUGGCGUGGAUGUUGCAGAAAUUGUUUUGUUUUCUCGCAAUAAAUAUAUAAUUAACUACAAAAUGCGUCCGUUGAUGCUACAAGGCCACGAGCGUUCCAUAACGCAAAUCAAGUACAAUCGCGAGGGUGACCUGCUCUUCUCCAGCUCCAAGGAUCAGAAGCCCAAUGUUUGGUACUCGCUGAACGGAGAACGUCUGGGAACCUAUGAUGGACAUCAGGGAGCCGUUUGGUGCUUGGAUGUGGACUGGGAGAGCAGAAAGCUGAUCACUGGCGCCGGUGACAUGACCACCAAGCUCUGGGAUGUGGAGUACGGCAGUGUGAUUGCCUCCAUUCCCACCAAAUCCUCAGUGCGUACGAGCACCUUCAGUUUCUCUGGCAACCAGGCAGCUUACUCCACCGACAAGGCUAUGGGUCAGAACUGUGAGCUGUUCAUCAUUGAUGUGCGUAAUGCGGAUUCAACCCUUUCGGAACAAGAGCCCACUCUGCGCAUACCCAUGGUUGAGUCCAAGAUCACGUCGAUGCAGUGGGGACCUCUGGAUGAGACAAUCAUUACUGGUCAUGACAAUGGCAACAUUGCCAUUUGGGAUAUUCGCAAGGGUCAAAAGGUUGUUGAUUCUGGCACGGAUCACACUGCUGGCAUCAAUGACUUGCAACUGAGCAGUGAUGGAACCAUGUUUGUGACUGCCUCGAAGGACACCACAGCUAAACUGUUUGAUUCCGAGUCUCUGAUGUGCCUGAAGACUUACAAAACGGAAAGACCUGUGAACUCGGCAGCCAUCAGUCCCAUAUUGGAUCAUGUGGUGCUUGGCGGCGGUCAGGAUGCUAUGGAGGUGACCACAACGUCAACCAAGGCUGGCAAAUUUGAUUCCCGCUUCUUCCAUUUGAUCUACGAGGAAGAGUUCGCGCGUCUCAAGGGUCACUUUGGCCCCAUCAACAGUUUGGCCUUCCAUCCGGAUGGCAAGAGUUACGCCUCCGGUGGUGAAGAUGGUUUCGUGCGUGUCCAGACAUUUGAUAGUACAUACUUUGAAAACAUUUUCGAGUAGUUGCGUUUGCUCGAUUAGUUUGUAGUUUCACAAAUGUUCAUGUGCAUAGAAAAUUUUCAAAUAUACGCGAGAACGAGACGAA